GUUGACGGCCGCCAGCAGGAGAAUCGAUUGCGAUUGCGAUGAUCUACUUAAUAUCACACGCUUUUCGUCUCUAACUUCCUUCUGCAUGUGUCCAGCGUCUCGACAUGUCCUCCAAGAGUGUUGUGGUGACAAUAGAGAUAGGCCACAGAGCAACUGUACGACAGCAGAGGACCAAUGAAGGAUUUACGCAUGACUGGGAAGUGUUUGUCCAGGGUGCCAAUGGAGCACGCAUUGAUGCAUUUGUAGAAAAGAUAGUGUUUACUCUCCAUAAAAGCUUUACAAAGCCUAAAAGGGUGGUUAAAAUCCCACCAUUUAGAGUGACUGAGAAAGGCUAUGGCAGUUUUACCCUCCCAAUUGAGAUAUAUUUUAAGACAAAUCAUCCAGAGGACACACGCAAAGCAAGGUUUGAGUACGACCUAUUCCUACAAAAUGUUGAUUCCCCCCCAAUUAACAAUCAGCGCAGAGAAAAGUUAACUUUCCUGAAGUUAUCAGAGGAUUUUAAGAAGAAGCUUUUACAGGGUGGAGGGAUAAUUGUAGCUGGGCAAGAGGAUGGUGGUUCAUCUGACAAGAUGGCAGUAUCACGACCGUCAAGCGGGGCCAAGAUCAAGCCCCAUGCAGCUCCCCAGCCUCAGCAGGAUAUUGCCAAGAAACACAAACAUGAAAUCAAGAAGGAACCAAAAGUAAAGCAAGAAUCCAAAGUAUCAGACCAGUUUUCUGCUUUAUUUGGUGAGCCAAUUAAGCAAGGAGCUGACCAGAAGAAGAUCAGCAAAGACAAAUUUGUCAAAGAAAAGGAGAAGGAGAAGGAGAAGGAAAAAGAGAAGGAAAAGGAGAAAGAAAAGGAGAAGGAUAAAGCAUCUGAUAAAGUACAAGAUAAACAUAAGAGUAAGUCAUCUAGCAUAAGGAAACUUCAAAGAGGCCCUCAUCGCCAGCCUCCAAGCGCUCGCUAUCUCCAGGCUCAAAACGGUCUUUAUCACCGACAAGUAGUAUAAAGUCAGACUCAAGUGCCAAAAGAAAGAAAUAUGACCUUGAAAAUGCAAAGAUGGUUGUUGAGAAACCACCUGAGGAAAUUAAGGAGAAGAAGAAAGAGAAGAAAAAGGAGAAGAAGGAGAAACGUAGAGAAAAGGAAGAAGCAGUAGCCGCGGUGGAAAGUGAGAGAGAAAAGACUGUAGUUGAGAAAGUGAGUGUGAAGACGGAACCUAGCACAAAAAUGGCAGCUCCACCACUCAAGGAAGAGCGUAUUAGUGCCCCUGCGAAGGUAGAAGAGAGAAUAGUAUUGAAAGACAGAGGAAAGAAAGAACCAAAAGUGAAGAAGAGUGUGAAAGAGAUUGUAAAGGAGGAACCUGUGCCGAUAGCGCCAGUAAUUGCCAAGGAGAAAAAGAUCAAGGAGAAGCCAGUAGUUGUAGCUGCUCCCCCUGCACCCCCCAGGUCCAGGUCUUCCUCAAAGUCAUCAUCACGAAGCCUUUCCCCACCAGUCACUUCGUCAAGGUCACCUUCGCCUGCAUACUCCUCGAAGUCUUCCAGGUCGAGGAGUCCUCCCUCGCCAGCCUCUGUUGCUCAUGAUUCACCCUCACGGUCAGGCUCUCUAUCCAGGUCGCAGUCUCCUGUCAGAUCCAAGUCGCGAUCUCGCUCAAGAUCAAGUUCAGGCUCGAGAAGGUCAGUAUCCAGAACGCCGUCUGUCUCGCGGUCGAAGUCUAGGUCCCGUUCAAGGUCCUUGUCGCGCUCACGUUCACGCUCGAGAUCCAGGUCUAGGUCGGGGUCAAGAUCGAGGUCUAGGUCACGGUCUAGGUCACGAUCAAGGUCAAGGUCUCAUUCUAGAUCAAGAUCAGGUUCUAGAUCCUUCAAGUCAAGGUCAAGAUCAAGGUCAAGAUCAAGGUCGAGAUCAAGAUCGAGAUCAAGGUCAAGGUCCAGGUCCAGGUCCAGAUCAGCCUCCGGAAGCAGAUCACAGUCCAGUUCUCCGGGAAGGUCAAAAUCCUAUUCUAGGUCACCGACAAGGUCAGUCAGUAGUAGUUCCAGUGGUAGUUCUCCUUACGUGUCAGUUCCAGAAACACAGCCCCCUGCUCCUGCUCCACGGGCCAAUGGUGUUGGCCGACCAGCACUCGCAGAAACGGAUGCUAGGGGAGCCCGCAACCCUCUAAGCAUAAUGAUGACAGAAGUCAGUAGCUCUUCCAGUGAGAGUGAGGAACGAGGAAGUGCUGAAGCUAAAGUUUUGCCCAAAGCAGCAAACAGAUCACCUGCUGAGGUUGCAAAUCGCCCUGCUCACACACCUUCGCAGCAUUCCACAGGGACAACGCCUCGGCAGAGUGCGAAAGAAGUGGUUGAUUCCAGUGACGAUGAGAGAACGACCGUUGUCAAAGACCCUUCUCGGACAAGUGGCAAGAGAGAAACCAUAUCACGUAAGGUUAUGCAACGAGAAAAGAAGAAAAGGCGCUCUCAGGUUGAGAAUAGCCCGAACCCAGUAAAUCUACCAUUAACCACCCCUGUUGAUUCCAAGCCUUUAAAAGAAGAAAUAAAAUCUGAAGAUGUGAAACCUGUCAAGGAAGAAUUGGGCUCCAGGUUGUCUCCAGAGUAUCUACAGGAACUUGUAGAAUUACAACAUAAAAUCAUGACGUCUUCAGAUAGACAGAAACUUCAAAAAGUGGUUGACAUAAUAGCAGAACAUAGCAGUUUCCAGUUAACUCAGGCACAUUUCAACUUCGACCUGUGCGCUCUCGAUGCUCAAGUUGUGAGGCAGCUCCAGGGAUGUUUUUCAUAGUAGUAAGCCAACAACCUCACGCACAAAUGGCGACUUGAAUCCAUGGGUUCUGUCAUAUUAGUUCAAAGAAUUUCCUUUCGUAUGGGGACUACUCUGGUUCUCGGCAUUUUAAUUCUAGCGUCGGCCUCAAAUCUUGUAUUUUAUAGGACAUGCAGCCUUUAGGAUCAGGAGUACUUGUGGCUUUGAGUUUUUUUCUAUUCUAUUGUUUGCUCUCAAUUCUGAAAUUUCAUGCAGCUGUGAUUAUUGAUGAGAGUAAUAAUACAAAAUGCAUUUUAGUGAUGCAACUUAAAAUGGAUAAAGAUGUGCAGAGAGCUGGACUAUAUAUUUAUGAUCUCAGUUUAUAAGAUAUCACAUCUGAUCUACACCUUUUUUGUAAGUUAGGCCAUUAUAUAUAUUUAUCUGCCAUGAUAUGAAUCAUCAUUCGUCAUGACAGUUUGAUCUGCCAUACUAGUGUUACCCACAGACUAGUGUGAUUGUGCUGUUUAUUGCAGCAUGUUACUUACCUGAUGUACAGAUAUUUAUGUCAUCUGCAUUGUUACCUAAUUGUUUUACCUCCAAUAACUGUGCACACCAAAUGGGUUGCUUUUCAAGUGACUUCGCUAGCAUUUUUCUCUCUAUGCAUAUGUGCAAUCAAAUUAACGAUCAUCAGAACCAAUCUUUUAUGCAAGAAAAAUCUCAGAAUCUCUGUCUUUUCAUUCACCCAACUUGGGCUUCCUUUGUUAACUUAGUCCUCAUUACCCAGUUUUUUGUACAUUUGUAACAUAAUUAAGAUAUGCCACUUUAUUUUCAUUUUGUUAUAUUCAUGUUAUAUGAACCAUGGGUAUGAUGUAUUGGUGCACAUAUCUGGUUUGUGAAUGCAAUGGCUGUAUAUCCAUGUCUGUAUCUGUAUGUAAAUAUGUGUGUUUGUCUAUGCAGUGUCAAGUAUGUAUGUGAUUAUAUCUUGUGCUUGAGUAUGUAAGCUAUGGUGUGAUUUGGCAAGAUUUGCAUACUGUGACCAAUGCCAUGUGCAUUAAUAACAUGUUAGCACACUAACUGAAACAGUGUUGUUCACUGAUCUGCCCAUGGCUCUUUACACUUUCACUGAGGCUGUGUAUACAUAAGCUAAGGUUAUUUGUAAAUCAUCAAAAGCUGUUUGUAAAAAGUAGGCUGUGUGAGCAUUAUCCAAGGCUGAAAAUGCACUUCUGAUGUGAUCCAUAAUUAAAAGGUUGUCUGAGGUUAUUUGCACAACAGCCAAGGCUGUGUGAUGGCCUGAGAAGUGUGCUUGAGCUAAGUUUACAAAUACUUUUGCUAGUGGCAUGUAAACAAUAGUCUUGUUGCCUCUGCCCUUCUCAAAAAAUAAAAGGUAUUUUCUCAGUG